AUGGAAGCCCUCAAGAAACACACGACAUUUUCGACUCUGCCUCCUUUGCCUGUCCCUACCUCAUCAUCUGUUGGGCCAGUGCCCACGGUGAUUCCGGGCGACUGGCCGGUUUUACAGGAAAUCCACCAGACAGGGAAGCGGACAUUAUGGGUCGUCGUCGUGCUCAUGGCGAUUUCCUCUCUCGCGUUUUAUGUCCUCGCAGCUCGGGCUCGAGUGCAAAACCGUCUCUUCCACACUAUAACCGCGCUCAUCGCCACAAUCUCAUUCCUCGCAUACCUCGCCAUGGCCACCGGCGACGGCGUCGUCUACAAACACUCCAUCGCCCACCAGCCGCACAAGCACGUCCCGGACACCCACCAAGAGGUCCUCCGCCAAAUCUUUUGGGUACGCUACGUAAACUGGUUGCUCACUACACCACUGCUACUCUUCAACAUUGCCCUACUGGGCAACAUGAACGGCGCGAAUCUGUCGGUCGCUGUUGCUGCCGAUCUGGUCAUGUUUGUGGCCGGCUUGGCCGCGUCGUUUGCGCGCCAUGAGCAGCGAUGGGUGUGGUUUACGAUUGUGUGUAUUGCGUUUUUGACGGUGGGUUAUCAGAUUGGGGUUAAUGGGUCGCGCUCGGUGUUGCGACGGUCGCAGGAGCAUCGUGCGCUGUUUGGCUCGUAUGUUGGCGCGACUUUGGCGGUUUUUUUGCUGUAUCCAAUUAUCCUGGCCGCAUCGCCUCUCGCGCAUCGCAUCAGCGUCGACGCCGAGGUGGUCACUUGGGCGAUUCACGAUAUCUUGAUUCAGGGUAUCUUUGGCUACUGGCUGCUAAUAGGCCAUGAUAAAAGAGAAGCCGGACAACUCGUCGUCGAGGGCUUCUGGUCUCAUGGCGUCAGCCAAGAAGGCGGCAUUCGCGUCGGCGAGAAUGAGGGAGCGUAG